AUGGGACAUACUUAUACCUGCACCAUGAAGUCAGCAACAAUCUUCAUGCUACUCAGUGGCAUUGCCAUGCUGUUGCAGUUCUCUGUGGACUGUAAAAUAUGCCCAGCUGUGACAGAGGAUGUCUUUGCAUUUAUUAGAGGCACACCUGAUCAAUAUAUGGAUGUAGUAGAGAAACAAACAAAUAAUCAAGCACUUAUAGACAAUGCCAGAAAGCUGAAAACCUGUAUUGAUUCAAAGCUGACAAUAGAAGACAAGGAUGCUGCUGUCAACUUGAUGAAGAAAAUAAACUCCAGUAUAUUUUGUAAAUGGGGACUAUGAAGCAUGUCAAACGAUUGAAUGUUAUCCUGAAUCUUCACACUUGGCAACUAACCUAUGAAGAUGCUUAGCCUCUGAAUCACUAGUGCUUCCCUUUACCUUGGUGCAGAAUGACAGCUGACAUAAGAAUCUUUUCAAUAAACUC